ACAAAGCCGGUCCCACUGCCCGGAGGGAGCCAUGGCUGCAGCGAGCCCCCUGGAAAGUCUCCAGGAGGAAGCGACAUGUCCCGUCUGUCUGGAGUAUUUCACAGACCCUGUCACUCUGGAGUGUGGGCACAAUUUCUGCCGCGCCUGCAUCGCCCAGUGCUGGGAGGGACCCGACACGGCCGCCUCCUGCCCUCAGUGCAGAGAAACUGUGCAACAGAGAAACCUCAGGCCCAACAGACCGCUGGGAAACAUGGUAGAGAUCGCCAAGCGGCUGAGUUUCCAGGCAGCGAAGGGAGCAGGAGGGGGCGGGGUGUGUGGGGAACACCAGGAGGCUCUGAAACUGUUCUGUGAAGAGGAUCAUGCGCACAUGGUGGUUCCCAUACAGGAAGCUGCCCGAGAGUACAAGGAAAAAAUCCAGGCCCAAUUGAAGAUUCUGAGGGAAGAGAGAGAAAAGCUCCUGGGAUUGAAAGCGACUGGAGAGGGGAAUAGCCGGGAGUAUCUGAAACAAACACAAACCGAGAGGCAGAAGAUUGUGUCUGAAUUUCAGCAACUGCGGCAGCUCCUGGAGGAACAAGAGCGACUCCUGCUGGAGAAACUGGACAAGGAGAUUGUGAGGAUCCAGAAAGAAAAUGUCAGUCAACUCUCCGAGCAGAUUUCCCGCCUCAGUGAGCUGAUCAGUGAGCUGGAGGGGAAGUGUCAGAAGCCAGCGAGUGAAUUCCUGCAGGAUGUCAGAAGCACCUUGAGGAGGUGGGAGAAGGGGAAGUUCCAGCAGCCAGAGGAGGUUUCUCCUCAACUGGAAGAGCGAGUCAGCGAUUUCUCCCUGAAAACUAUUGCACUAUUGGAGGCUCUGAGGAAGUUCAAAGACACUCUGCCGUCUGCACUGGAGAGAAAAAGAGGACAACCACUAGGAGCACACAGACAGGCGAAUGUGUCUCUGGAUCCAGACACGGCUCAUCCCUGGCUCGUCCUGUCUAAGGAUGGGAAAAGUGUGAGAUGGGAACACACACCGCAGCACCUGCCCAGCAACCCUGUGAGAUUUGACUCUGAGCUCUGUGUGCUGGGCUGUGAGGGAUUCACCGCGGGGAGACAUCGCUGGGAGGUGGAGGUGGGUGGGCGAUUCUGGGCUGUGGGGGUGGCCAGAGAGUCUGUGGGGAGGAAGGGAGAGAUCAUCCGUAGCCCUGAGCGAGGGAUCUGGGCUGGGUGGUGGGAGGGUCAGUUCUGGGCUCUCACCUCCCCUGUGACCCCCCUGCCCCCGAGCCGGGCCCCUAGCAGGAUCCGUGUUUGUCUGGACUGUGACCGGGGGCAGGUGACAUUUAUCGGUGCUGGUGACGAGGCCCCGAUCUUCACUUUCCCGUCGGGCUCCGUCCCUGGGGGGAGAAUCCGGCCCUGGCUCCAGGUGGGACAGGCUCAGACUGUGUCCCUGCGACACGCAGGGGAGGGGCGGGGGAAUAGCUCACUGGGAGCCAUGAGAGCAGCCUCUCUAGCCUCACACACCCAUAGCCGCCUCCAUGACCCUGGAGUUUGCUUCCAGUCUCAACUCUGCACUGUCUGGACUGCCAAACCAUGGAGAGCAUUGAGCGAGCGAGGUAGAGAAGCCGAUCUCAUCACUGCCCCAGGGACUGUGCAGCCUGUUUGCCACUUUCCCCUAUGAGCCAGGAGGACUCUGGGGAUCCUGGGUCAGACAGUGCCACUGAGACAUGGGGGGGGAACAGCCCACUGGGAAUG